AUGGUUAACAAGUUGGUUAAAUAUGGUUUCAAACCUAGUGGUGUAUUGCCAGAGGCUCGCAAGAUUUUUAAGCACUCAAUUAUUCAUCCCAAGAGACAGGAGAUUCCAGACACUGGUUAUGCCAAAGAUGUUCCUCACCCAAAAAACUCGACAAGAAAUUUGAUCUUACCUAAAUAUACUCCUGUCAAAAAAUUAAUUGCUAAUACUAUUAAGAAUCCUAAAAAAAAAAUCGAUUUCAACUCCAAACAAUUUAGAAGUUUUCCAAAAGUUCAACAGGUUAAAUUGAAAAAAGCCAAAACAAGAAGAGAUUACUUAUUAGAAGCUUAUACAAAUGAGGAGCAAAAAAUUCUUCAAAAAAUAGAGGCCGAGAAGCAAAAAGAAGUGCUUUUACAGCAAAAAAGAAAAGAGCAGAGAAAAUUAGACAUGAAGAAUCAAGUUUUUGUUAAGAAAAACUCUUUAACCUUACCAACCAUUUCUAGUUUUUUGAAAGGUCCAUUAGUUAGAAGAAGAACAGAAGACGAGAAAAAAAUACUAAUGAUGAAGAAAAAAGCCAAUUACAAUAAUUCUUUGCUAAUAAAAAAAGAGAACCAGGCUGAAAGAUUAUUAGAACUUUAUUACAAAUCGAAAGAUUUUGUUAUAACAGAGGAAAAAUUGAAAGAAAAAAUCGAAAAAGCUUUUGAAAUCCCGGCUCAAAGAAAUCAACGUUUUAAUUUAGAGCAGCAACUAGAUGUUACUUUAAAUUCUGGUGUUUCUAUGUUUAUUGAUCAAAACUACAAAAAUGUUUCAAAUAAUGCAGUUGAUAAAUUGCUUGGAACUCAUAAGAAUGCUUUCCCAGAUGCAGACCAAAUCAUUGAUGAGUAUAAUGGUGUAUCUAAAAAUCUUUAUCAAAAGGCUCAAAAGAAUUUAAAGAAGAAUCCCUCAACUGUUGAUGCUAAAUUAUCAGUAUAGAUUAUUAAAAGACAAGUACAAAAGUCAAUUUUUUUGAUUUAUUAUAGUCUAUAAAUAAUUUGAUGUAAAUAGUUCUAUUUUAUUCCAUAAAUUAAGAAAUAAAAGCGUUUGUUGAGAAUCUGAAGAAUCUUAGUUUUUUCCUAAAAUUGCAUAUCAUAAAGUAAAUCUUGUUUAACGGAUAAGUAUUGAAAAGUAUUUUGAUAGUACUCAAAUAUCUUCUAAAGCCAAUUUAUAUAUUUUUAAAGAUUAAUAAGCAAAUGAAAAACAACGAAUACUGUUAUUUUC